AUGAACGCACACACACACACACACGCACUCACGCACCCCUCCCCCCAAAACCAGGUCGGUCACCACGGCAACCAGGCCGGAGCCAACCUGUUCUGCGUGUUUGACGGCCACGGCUCCCACGGCAAGGACGCGGCCACCUACUCGCGCCAGGUGCUGCCCGCGCUGCUGGACAUAGAGCUGAAGAAGUUCUUCGCGCGCAACUCCUCGGCGUCGGAUCCCCACGCGGCCGAGUCGCUGAAGGGGGCGGUGGAAGUGCUCCUUGGGGAGGUGUUCAGCGAGACGGAGAAGAGCCUCACACGGGCGGGGGUCAACCUGGCCAACAGCGGGACCACCGCAUCGGUGGUUUACCAGCUCGGCAACCGCCUGUGGACGGCGUCCGCCGGCGACAGCCGGGUCAUCCUCUGCCAGCGCGCCCCCGCCGGGCCCGGCCACCGCGCCAGCUGGCGCCCGCAGCCGCUUACGAUCGACCACCGGCCGCGCCGCCUGUCGGAGCGCGCGCGCGUCGAGGCGGCGGGCGCGCGGGUGCAGCCGAAGCGGCUGGCCAGCGGGCGGCUGGUCUGCGACAUCGUCACAGAGUCACCCGACCCCCACAUCGCCUGCCGCCGCGUGCUGGACGCCGCCCUGUUCGAGUGGGAGGAGCGGAUGAGCGCCGACAACAUAACCGUGCUGGUCGUGGAGUUUGACUGGGGAGACCUCGACCGCAGCACAGAGGAUGAUCUUGACCCCCGCGCCGCCCUCUCCGCGGGCGCGGCGGCGGCGGCGGCGGGCGGGGGCUAG